CCAUUGUUCUAGUCUUGUGGAAUUCCUCGACGCUCGGUCCGGAGCCCCGGAUCAUAUCAUCGCGGUGCUCUCGGAAUUGGAGAACCCCCUUGCUUGCCACCGACACAAAGUGUAGUACGCUGCUGCGUACGGGGGAGCACGAGGUCAGAGAACGAAGCUUCCGAAUUCCCCGCCGCCCAGUCAAAUUCUCAGCCCUGGUGCCCGAUCCAUUCCGAGGGCUCACUGAUCGCUCAUGUCGUAGCGAGCUGGUUCGAUUUGUUUUAAUUUUUUUUGUCGUGUUUUUUCCCCCCGAGUUUAAUUGAGGGGUGUAAUUAUAAAAUCGGGUGGACAUGGACGUGGUGACGUUCGGCGUGGUGAUUGGCAUAGUCGUGCUCCUCUUCGUGCUCGUCGUCGUCGUCACCAUCGAGGGCGUCUGCAAGCGAUCCUCCGCCUCCUGACAUCCCUACCCCCCAAAACCCCCCGCGGGCGCGCACCGACGCGCGAGCCCUAAUGCGCCGCCAAAGCCUCGCCGCCGUCCUGCUCCUCCUCCUGGCGGCCACCGUGGCCCUGGCCGCCGCCCCCGCCGCAGGGCACUCGGCGGAGGAGUCCUGCCCCUUCCAUGACCAUGGCGGCCACGACGAACCGCACGAGCAUCAUCACCACGGCCACAGCUGCGGUGGCGGCGCGGACCAUGAGCACCACCAUCACCACGGCCACGGCGAGAUCCAGCGGCUGCUCCCGGAGGAGAUAGCGGAGGAGGCGGAUCUCGAGCUCGAGUCCUUCGGUUACGACGAGCAUGACCACAGCCACCACCACCACCACCACCACCACCACCACGGCCACGGCGACAUGGAGACAUCGACCAUGGGCGUGUGGCUGAGUGCGAUGGGGUGCUCGCUUCUGGUCAGUAUGGCGUCCCUCGUCUGCCUCGUCCUCCUCCCGGUCAUCUUCUUUCAGGGGAAACCGUCUAAGGCCAUAGUGGAUUCGCUUGCAGUGUUUGGGGCAGGAGCAAUGCUUGGAGAUUCAUUUCUUCAUCAGCUGCCACAUGCUUUUGGUGGAGGACACUCUCACUCACAUGAUCAUGAGGGUCAUGAUCAUGCUCACGAGCAUGCACAUGCACACUCACUGGAAGAUCUUUCUGUGGGGUUGUCUAUACUAUUUGGCAUUGUAUUGUUUUUUAUCGUUGAGAAGAUUGUGAGGUAUGUUGAAGACAAUUCUCAAAAUGGGACUCAUAGCAUGGGUCACGGGCACCAUCAUCAUAAUCAUAAACGGCAUGAUUCUAGUGAUAAAGCUAAAUUGAAUCACCAAAAGAGUGAUACCGAUGGUAAAGACAUUGACCAUACUGAAGAGGAACCUUUGGUUGAUGGCGCCACUGGAAAAAUAAGUGAUGGCCAUGAAUCAAAAGCUACUAUACGCAAGAGGAGCUCAUCCAAAGCUACUGAUGGAGAAUCCGCCAGUUCUGAAAGUGAUCCUGCCCCUGAAAAAGCAUCAUCAAAUGAAGGCUCAUCAAUUUCAAACUCUAACUUAGUGUUUGGCUACCUCAACCUUUUCUCAGACGGUGUCCAUAACUUCACUGAUGGGAUGGCUCUUGGGAGUGCCUUUCUGCUACAUGGUUCUGUUGGUGGCUGGUCCAGGACUUUAUUUCUGCUUGCACAUGAACUUCCUCAAGAGGUAGGAGAUUUUGGUAUCCUUGUGCGGUCAGGCUUCACGGUAUCUAAGGCCCUAUUCUUCAAUUUCCUCUCCGCGUUGGUUGCUCUUGCUGGAACAGCACUAGCAUUGUCUUUGGGUAAAGAUCCCGGACAUUCCUCCCUGAUUGAGGGUUUCACGGCUGGUGGUUUCAUUUACAUUGCUGUCGCGGGAGUCCUCCCACAGAUGAACGACCAGAAAACAACCCUCAGAAGCUCAGUAGCUCAGCUGAUCUCCCUGUCAAUGGGGAUGCUGGUCGCUCUAGGCAUUUCUCUGGUAGAAUAAUCUGAAUCUCCAUUUCACCCGUUGCAGCUUUAGGUCCAACCGCAGUUACCCCAAGUCGAUAUAAUUCUCCAGCAGCUCCAGACUAGAAGCCGGAUUCUCUGACCCUCUCGAUUAUAGUACCAAAGAGCGUUUUUACAAUUUAUCAAAAAAAGAGCGUUUUUGUAAAUUUUGGUAUCUGAUUAUAGAUUGGCUGAUUGGCUCGCAUCGGUGUUUUGAAGGCCACCCGUUUGUACUACUGAAUACUUACAACUUUAUGGCCGGCCGGCUGAUGUCGGCUCAUGACAGGAUCAACAGCCUAUAGUGGGAUCCCUA